GGUACCAAUUCUUUUCUUCCCAUCAAACUUAUCUUUCUCACAGUUUGUCUCCUUGGCUUCUCGUCUGGCCUACAGAUCGGGGAAACCUGUUCCUCUUCCCCCAAUAACUGUAACGCCGGCUUAACCUGUGGAACAUGCCCUGCCAAUGGCAACACCCGCCCCAGAUGUAUUCGCAUUCAACCCCUCAGUGCCUCAUCAAUGGUAAAAGGUCUGCCUUUUAAUCGGUACUCAUGGCUGACGACGCACAAUUCGUAUGCUAUGUCUGGGUCAACGUCGGCCACGGGCUCUGUUAUUCUUGCUCCCACCAAUCAGGAAGAUUCCAUUACCAACCAACUCCAAAGUGGUGUUCGAGGACUCAUGCUUGAUAUGUAUGACUUCAACAAUGACAUCUGGUUGUGUCACUCCUUUGGUGGCAAAUGUUACAAUGUCACAGCAUUUCAACCUGCUAUUACUGUUCUGAAAGAAAUUCAAGUAUUUUUGGAAGCCAACCCCACCGAAAUUGUUACCAUUUUUAUCGAGGAUUAUGUGACGUCGCCACAGGGCUUGACAAAAGUCUUUAAUGCUUCUGGCCUCAGUAAAUACUGGUUUCCAGUGUCAAGGAUGCCCAAAAGUGGGGAAGAUUGGCCUACAGUGGAUGAUAUGGUGCAGCAGAAUCAACGCUUGGUAGUCUUCACCUCUAUAUCAUCUAAAGAAGCUUCAGAGGGGAUUGCUUAUGAGUGGCGAUAUGUAGUAGAAAACCAGUAUGGAGAUGGUGGGAUGAAGAAUGGUUCCUGUCCAAAUCGUUCCGAAUCACCUCCCUUGAACACAUCAACAAUUUCCCUGUUUCUUGAGAACUACUUUCCUGAUAAUCCCAAUAUAACAGAGGUUUGCGUUGAUAAUUCUGCUUCAUUACUUAGUAUGACAAGCACUUGUUAUGCAGCUGCUGGAAAACGGUGGCCAAAUUUCAUCGCUGUCGACUUUUACCAGAUCGGGGAAACCUGUUCCUCUUCCCCCAAUAACUGUAACGCCGGCUUAACCUGUGGAACAUGCCCUGCCAAUGGCAACACCCGCCCCAGAUGUAUUCGCAUUCAACCCCUCAGUGCCUCAUCAAUGGUAAAAGGUCUGCCUUUUAAUCGGUACUCAUGGCUGACGACGCACAAUUCGUAUGCUAUGUCUGGGUCAACGUCGGCCACGGGCUCUGUUAUUCUUGCUCCCACCAAUCAGGAAGAUUCCAUUACCAACCAACUCCAAAGUGGUGUUCGAGGACUCAUGCUUGAUAUGUAUGACUUCAACAAUGACAUCUGGUUGUGUCACUCCUUUGGUGGCAAAUGUUACAAUGUCACAGCAUUUCAACCUGCUAUUACUGUUCUGAAAGAAAUUCAAGUAUUUUUGGAAGCCAACCCCACCGAAAUUGUUACCAUUUUUAUCGAGGAUUAUGUGACGUCGCCACAGGGCUUGACAAAAGUCUUUAAUGCUUCUGGCCUCAGUAAAUACUGGUUUCCAGUGUCAAGGAUGCCCAAAAGUGGGGAAGAUUGGCCUACAGUGGAUGAUAUGGUGCAGCAGAAUCAACGCUUGGUAGUCUUCACCUCUAUAUCAUCUAAAGAAGCUUCAGAGGGGAUUGCUUAUGAGUGGCGAUAUGUAGUAGAAAACCAGUAUGGAGAUGGUGGGAUGAAGAAUGGUUCCUGUCCAAAUCGUUCCGAAUCACCUCCCUUGAACACAUCAACAAUUUCCCUGUUUCUUGAGAACUACUUUCCUGAUAAUCCCAAUAUAACAGAGGUUUGCGUUGAUAAUUCUGCUUCAUUACUUAGUAUGACAAGCACUUGUUAUGCAGCUGCUGGAAAACGGUGGCCAAAUUUCAUCGCUGUCGACUUUUACCAGAGGAGUGAUGGUGGAGGAGCUCCAGAAGCUGUGGACAAAGCAAAUGGUCAACUAACCUGUGGUUGUGACAGCAUUGCCUAUUGCAAGGCAAAUGCGACAUUUGGCACGUGUGAUGUACCUUUGCUUUCACCUCCACCACCAGCAGCGCUGUUACCUGGAGCACCGGGAACACCACAAGGACCGGGCAAUGAUUCUUUAACUACCAGGGCAGUCCAGCUACAUUGGCUGAUAGGGACAUUCUUUACCACAAUGCUAUUACUCUGCUUCUAA